AUGACUCACAGAAACGCCCACCCAAUUCCCAACCUGAGAGAAGUAAACAUCGUUAUGCAUCACAAAAAAGGGGAAAUUGAUAAAAAUGAGUACUCGAAAAAACAACACGAGCUUAUUCACAGAGGGAAAAUACUAAUGAACAUGUUGAAGACGUCCGAGGGGAGACUUCCCGAUCCAUCUCAUGAUAACUCGAGAGAUAGGGACAUGUCCCAGGAGAGUAUUCAAAGGGCCCUACCGAACAGUCGCCUCAUCAUCAGGAAGGAAGACAGCACUCUUUCUAACCCCAUGUUAGCUCUCGACACAAGGUGCAACAAACCAACACACAAUCAGAGUGGCCCGAUAAACACCCGAAUGAUAACAGAAAAUUUUUUGAAGAAAAAUAAAACGACACAAAACUUCAUCAACAGGGAAACAAGACAAAGACAGAGAGAAAAAAUGGGAAUUCCUCAGGAGGAACCAUUUAACAACAAAAUAAUGGCAGAGUGCCCAUCCCACCGUACCCACUUGAAUGACCGAUGCAGCAGGGAAGGAAGCACCGAUCAGUCCCACUUUGCAUACAUGAGAAACAACGCCACGUCAAAACGUUUGGAAAUUUCAAUGCAGGUAAAAAAGCAUGAACAAAGAAGACACGAAUACAUGAAUCAUAGUAAGAACACCCCACACGGAGAUCAUCUGAAUCACAUGAAGGAGCGGCAACAGAGAGACAACCUGAUGCCCCCCGACAAGGGAGGCGCAACUGCAAAAUGUAUCCAUGGAAUGUACAGUAAAAAGAGUAUAGGAAGAAAUGGAAAUAGCCAUUCAGAAAAAAUCAACAACGGUAUGAUCAUCCACAACAACUGCAUUCGAGCUGUUCACGGUAGGUCAAGGAAUCUUGAACCCAUGAAUAAAACGCACCCCCAGUUUGGCAGAAGCAGAGUUAGGCAAAUGGAGAACCUGGUGAGGAAGUCAAAUGAGGAGGAAUACAAAAGGGGAAUAUAUUCCGAUGGAGCUACAAACACUUGGAGUGAGUCCAGCGUACCUAUCGAGUCAAGCGAGUCUAGCAGCUCAGGGCCAGGCAGUCCUAGUGGAAGCCCCCCCCAUCCACAAAAAACCACACAGACAAAAAGCUACAUAUCAAUCAAAAAUGUGCAUCACAAAGACAUUUCGGAUGCUUCAUAUCUUAUUAGUGCUCCCAAGAGUAGCAACCCAACCCACUCGUCCUUCGCGACACGAGCUCCAUACACAUGUGUUACACGAGAAAAUAUUUUUAACAAAAAUAGAGAUCGGAUCAACACACGCGGAGGAAGCAACACACGCGGAGGAAGCAACACACACGGAGGAAGCAACACACACGGAGGAAGCAACACACACGGAGGAAGCAACACACGCGGAGGAAGCAACACACACGGAGGAAGCAACACUCUUGUUUUCAACUUACCAAACAGAAAUGCCGACUCACGUAGGGGCUCCGCCAGACAAAAUUACUCUCACCAUCUACAUGAACAUGUUCAGGCGAACAGACACAUCAGAUGUGACGAAAGUGACCCUUUUGCUGGACUGAGUUCAGAGGAAUUUCCCUUCACAUCUGAAAAAUUCAAACGAGAGGUGAAACAAUCCACGGGGGAGAGGAAACAGGAACGUCCACUCAGUAGGGACAACCAGUUUGCUACUUUUGGAAAACACAACGGAGAAAUGUGCAUUAUGCUUGACACCUCCUGUGUCGGGGGAGAUGUUGAUGCCUCGAUCGCAGCUAUGGCAGCGAACGCGGCACAAGGGGUAGUCGCUGCAAACGCGGCCAACGUGGUGAAGGCCGCGAACCGGAAUGCGUUCCCUCCCUCGGGAAGCCUAUAUAACAAGAAUUUGCUGCACCUCACGCACGAAAAGGUGAAGAAGGGCCUCACCUUUGACGAAAUGAGGAGAAAGAGCUUCGAAGCCCUGCACAUUACUGCUGAAAAAAAUAAAAUAAAUAUUCCAAAUGUAGAUGCAAACAUUAGUUACAACAAAACGGGGUCUCAGUCUGAGCAUGGCAGAAACGACAAAUCAAUGUUGAGAAACAACAUGAAGACAGAAAAAACAAGCACCCCCUUACAAAUCAGAAUAAAAAACAUCGAGAAAAACAGAAUAUGCGAUGCGACAAAACGGGGACAAGCCAAUCUUUCCACUCGUGAAGAAAAUAAAAAAGAAAAUUGCAUGAACAUAUUUUCCCAAAAAAAAAAUAAUUUCAAUGAGAAAAAUGUUACGAACAUUUGUUCGGCCAGCCAUCAAAAGGAUCCCCUGCCAGCUUUACGAAAAAAUUUUGCAGUAGCUCCAGUACUGAUUAACAACUUGAACAAACAGCUUAACGUUACUGUGGGUAGUAGCUGUGAAGACACGAGGGGAAAGACAAACCCAGCGCCCUUUUACCACAGAGCAGCAGUAACUGAGGUUGCUAAGCUUAUUGGAGUUGGGACAAACAAGGGGGCCACUCGAGAGAGAAGCCUAAGUGGGAAUGAUGAGGAAAAAUUAAACAGAGAAAAAUCGACAAGCAGAGUAAGUAACGUGCCUACAGGGGGGAGCGGCGCUAUCCUAAGUAAAAACUGCAUCACAAACUCGAAGGAGCCACAAGUGAAUGGCCAAAAUGAUGCCAGAAAUGGUGCCCUUUUUGGCAAAGCAAGCAAAUCACAACAGACGAAGCAGAGUAACGACGCAAAAAAGGACACACACGUGGGUGUUGUCUCUACGAAUCUGCGCAGCGCAAAUGCGUUGGCUCCAGGAAUGGGACAAUUCCCCGUCGCAGAUGCCCAGUCGAGAGAGGACACACAACUUGGGGGGGGAAAUGGACCAUUCUGCGGAGAGAACAAAAGUGAACCACUUUGCGAAGUAAUAUGCGAUCCGUUUUGCGAAGAAAUAAGCGAACCAUUUUACGACAUCUUCGAUUUGAAUGGCUUGUCAAAGGAGAAGAAAACGCAGAAGGGAACAUCGCGAGAUGGCACACAGGAGGCCACCGUUGCACACGUGCCCAUCCCCUGCAAUGGCGCUCCCCUAGUGAAGAAAACCAACCGGACUAAGGUGCCCAAGAACGGAAAUGACAGACCAGGGAGAAAAGCAUGUAAGGAAGAGGAUCUCGGAACAAAAACGGAGGGCGUGUCGGCUGCGCUGAGUGGUGGGGCGGCAAGUGGGCUUAGAGGCAGACAGGGCGUUACACUCGCGGGCGUGGCCGAAAAGGUUGGCGCGACGAAAGUGAGUGACCCAACGAAAGCGAGUGACCCAACCAGUGCGGCUAGCCAGGCCAAAGCGGUCAACGCAGCUAACGCGGACCACUCCACCGACAAUGCGAAUGCAGUGCCCAUGCGCGGGGAAGCACGCAGGGAAAAGAGACUGCCGGGAAGCGCCUCGGCACAUGCGUUAUCGAACAAAGACGCCCCCGCGGGCACAAGAGCAGACCUCACAGGGAAAGGCAAAGAGAAGGACGAAGAAGGCCACACAUCAAAGGGGGCACCAAAUAGAGCGGAAGGUACCACCUGGUUGCAUGAACGUCAGUACGGAAAGAAUGUAGAGGAGGGGAGGGAUAAAUUUACUGACAAAAAUAACCAGCCGGAUGUUGCGAAAGAGAAAAAUGAGUGCCUCCCCCUCCUUGGCGAUGUCGAAGUGAUAGAUAGAUUUCUCCAAAUGGAUUGCAAAAAGGGUGUUAGCGGCGCGCACGAUAGGAAGAAGGAAGAGCAUAGCGAAGUGCAUGUCGAUGCGGUGAGGACAGACCACACAGUCACAACUGCACACGUGCAGGGGCACAUAGGGGCAAAAGCUCGAACGAACCACGCGACAAUACAUAAUGAAAAGGGAAAAGAAGGGAACCUACAUCAAGACAAGGCACGGAAAAAGCCCCUCACAGGGAUGAAGGAUCGGCGACAAGUGGGCACCACGGCUGUUGGCUUAAAUGAGGAAAAUAAGUUAACGAACGCUGAUAAGGAGGAACUAAAAAUAUGCCUUGUCACAAACGCGAAGCAGCGUUCUGUCGAAAUAGAGGAAAAAAUUCCACGUGCAAAAUCGGCACACUACUUAAUUGCCGGUACUACUUGCGCUCACCCGGCGAAGACUUUUUCGAGGCAGAGAAAAAAGGACCCCAGGGAGGAGGGCGAGAAGAAGGGAGAGAAGAAGGGAGAGAAGAAGGACGAGCAGAAGGGAGAGAAGAAGGACGAGCAGAAGGGCGAGAAGAAGGACGAGCAGAAGGGAGAGAAGAAGGACGAGCAGAAGGGCGAGAAGAAGGACGAGCAGAAGGGGUGUCAGGCGGACGAGAAGAAGGAGUGUCAGGCGGACGAGAAGAAGGAGUGUCAGGCGGACGAAAAGGAGUGCCAGGCGGAUCAAAGAAGUACCAAUCGAAACGAAAAGAAAAGGGAAAAGCCUUCUUCCAUGAUUAAAGACAAGCGGAGUGGGGGUGAUGGUGGGGGUGGAGAUGGAGGUGCCACUAUGAGCCGUAGUGCCAAUGUGAGCAGCAGUGCCAAUGUGAGCAGCAGUGCCAGUGUGAGCAGCAGUGCCAGUGUGAGCAGCAGUGCCAGUGUGAGCAGCAGUGCCAAUAUGAGCGGCAGUGCCAAUAUGAGCGGCAGUGCCAAUGUGAGCAGCAGUGCCAAUAUCAGCGGCAGUGCUAAUAUCAGCGGCAGUAUCAAUGUUUGCGGAAGUCGUGACUGCCUCGACGACGGGGAGAAGCGUCCAAGCAAGCAAACUCAAAACAACCAGUUUGACCGGAAGGACGACCCCACUAUAAUCCCCCCCAAAUCUGCGGACAUGCAAGAAAGUGCGCAAAGACCGACAACCAAAGUGAUGGCAGAACCGGCGUGUCACAAAAAGAGAAAAAUUAUCAGUGCGAUUCCACUCCCUCGGGAGGGAACCGUCCAUACCAGCGAUUUAUUAAGUGGCGAGAUCCACGAAGGGAAGAGUUUUUUUUCCACAGGGGAUGAGUCCCCAUUCUGUCACAUUUAUUCACCCCGGAACGUUGCUGCCCAGAUUGGAACCGUCCAAAAGGAUGGCACCCCCGAUGGUAGCAGUGGAAGUCGAAGCGGCAGUCGCAGCAGCAACAGCAGCAGCAGUAGUGAUACUCCUCCUGAGGAUAAAGGCAAACGAAGCAGAAAUGGAAACGAAGUAGCGGAAGACAUGAUGGAUGGUCCACUAGUGAAUGAAAAUCUCAUGGAUGAUGAUAACGAGGAUCGUAAAGCAGACCCAUAUUGCAACCUUCCUUUUUGCUACGACUCUCAUAUAAUUUACCAAUCAGAUGAGAGGAACUACGAGGAUAGUGGUAACUACAGACAGUCGCUAAACCCUAGUGAAGAAAUUUCAUUUUCACUAAACAACGACGACUUGUUUGAUGAUGCAGAGAGAGACGCAGGACAGAGAUACAGUGAAUGUGCUCGUGGACAAAAUGAGAAGAAUUUUUUUGAGGAGGUGGAGAGGGAGGAAGACGAAGAAAAGCGGAGAGGGAACCUUCUUCUGUGCGAGAAGAGCCGAGAAAAGCAGACCACAUACCCACUCGAAAAAAAGGAUGUCGAAGAGAAGGAUAAAUGCACCAUGGAAGGAAAAGAAGUCACUCAUGGGAGUCAAAUGGAAACACACACGUCAUCCACGCCUCUUUUGAACAACACCUCGUAUGACCUAAGCCAAAGAUACAAAAACACACAUCUGUAUAGCAAAUUAGAAACCUAUAAGAAUAACUUCCAAAAAAACUCAUAUAGCUCGAAGGAGAACCUCAUGAAGCUGUUGAAUUCAAAAAUUGAGGACUACGAUGGGGGAACAGCAGUAGAGAAUCAAAACGAAGCUGAUAAAGGUAGAUGUGAUAGGGCGGACGACAGCAAGUUAUGCCAGUCGAGUGCAACCAAUCAAAAUAAACACAGAAAAUAUGAACCCAACCUUUUUAUUAACUUUGCUCAGCAGCAAAUAAACGGAGACGUUGUAAACUACACAAAUGAGUGUCCCAUCCUGGGUUGCGUCCCCGAUGGUUAUACCAAUCAGUCUACGCAAAGCAGUCAGCUGAUGGACCGUUCGGAUCAGAACCAGAACCCAUUUUGCAUCGGAGAAAAUGUGAAAAGCACAUUUAUGGAAUAUGUCCUAAGAAAGAAGCUAAACGUUGCCAUAGACUCUCGAUUGAUUAAUGACAACGAUCCUGUGAAGAAAAAAUAUGAUCUCCAAAUUAAGGAGUUCCAAAUUUAUGAGCAGAUAGAUGCACUCUACCAGAGGAAGGAAACGAAUCAGAACCCACCUUCCUGCAGCGACUCCUCUUCCAUUCUUGAAAUACGUAAUUGUAACUCAUCGUUCGUAGGAAGCAAUGGUGAAGUGAAGGCACUGCUGCCACUCUAUGAAAACAGCUUAAUGGAGGUGAGCCACCUACACAAAGGAGCGGACCCCUCUGCUGGGGAUAACUAUCAGGAAGUAGGAGAGAAAAAAGAUACUCCUUUCCAGAACGACCGCAUGCGAGACAUUGCUCAUAUUAAGACGUGCAUUGUGAAUGGAUGUCAGGUGGAAGAAGAGGAGGGGGAGGAGAGGAAGGAAGAGAUGAGGAAGGAAGAGAAGAGGAAGGAACAGACGAGGAAGGAACAGACGAGGAAGGAACAGACGAGGAAGGAAGAGGAGGAUGCCAACUUUGGUGAUAGAUCUGCUAGCCAAGUGGAGGAUGGACAACCCCCUGCGGAUCUACCUAACAGGAGUGAACCAUGCCCUGGUGUGAUUAACAAUGGUGGCUCUCCGGGGGCUGACCCCCACUCUGCAACUACAGGAGAUGAUGUUCCCAAAAAAGGAGGCGUUAUUGUAUGUAACUAUGACCUAUGUGUGGAGAAGGAAAAACUUAUUGGUGAUACAAUUGUGAGCAGUGUAACUCUGUCGGCUGGGAAGGACCACGGGACGUCGGGAAAGCACACUCUGAGAAACCAUCCUGGGGAGAAAGAAGUUAGUGAAUUUCCGAUGCCCUACACGAAGGGGAAGAAAAGCACUAUGGUGCAUGAAGAUGAAGGGUGUGGCACGCUUGACUUCGAAGAGAUCCAUGUCGUGGACGGUCUUACCAUGUGCCCAGAGAGCGGACUAACUGUUUGUGCGUCGUUUGAGAAGCCCGAAGGCACCGAGAAGAGGGAAACGGACGACAAUAGCAGAAGCAGCAGAAGCAGCAGGAGUAGCAGAAGCAGCGUGAGCACCACGGAUGGAAAAACGGAGGGGGAAAAACUCUCCACGCAGAAAUGCAUCGAGGAAGACGAAUUGGGCAUGGCCAGCUUGGACUUCCCGUCGGGAGACCUCCCCAAUGGAAGCUUGUUUCAGUUUGUUCCCCGGGGCGGGUCAGAUGGGAGUCUCUCGGAGGAGCUGGAAGAAGAGGAGGUGGAGGAGAUGGACCGGGUGGAAGACCCUGUAGAGGAGGAGGUGAAUCGGAUGGAAGGCUCUGUAAAGGAGGAGGUAGACCAGCUGGAAGGCCCUGUAGGGGAGGAGGUAGACCAGCUGGAAGACCCUGUAGAGGAGGUAAACCAAACGAAGGACGACCUAUCUGCGGUGCAUACGCCCGAAGGGGAAGAAGGAACAUCCCUCGGUAAUCCGAAAAACGGUAUAGAGGGGGAAGGUGCCAAUCGAAUCGAAGAACCCACAGCGCAGAGCGAACCGGUUCGCAAGGCAGGGCGCUCGAAGGGGCCAGCAAAGAACUCAGCCAGAGGGGGCGCACGUAGUGGGCCUCGCCCGUUUAGCCAGUUAGGUGAAGGAUCUUCGAUGGGAUCUAACAAGUGGGGUGUCCUGGAAGGGGGGGUCACCCUGAACCCUGAACCUACCGCGGUGGAUCCUGCGAGUGUAAAUGUCACGAAGGAGGAUUCCAGGAAGGCGGAUGCCACAAAGGCGUAUGUCACCAAUGUAGAUGUUCCCACCGCGGACAAAGUGGACGAUGCUGAGUUGACUUGGAACGGGACAUCGGGCGAGUCAUUGCCGGAGAAGGAGGUGUGUGGAGGAAGCGGCAGCCGAGAGAGCGAAGGCGUACCAACCCUCUGUGCAAGAAAUGAGAAAGAGAUCCCAAUCAACGGGACCGUCACUACUCCAGCAGAUGCCCUACCGCUUGGAGGCAAAGACGAAGAAGAAGGCAGGGUCUCCCUUUAUGCAAAUCACCUUGUAGAGGCAGAAAAACUAAAUCAGGACAUCCCAUAUAUCACAAACAUACACAAAGAAAUGCACAGGUCGCCAGUGAUGCCUCUCCGAAUCGAAGCCUUUCACUCUCUUGAGGAUCAAAGGUUAAUCUAUGGAAGACCCGAAUGGCAGAAGUAUUUGUGCCCCUUGUGUGACAAGGCUUAUUACCCCCCAAAUACCUACAUGAAGAAUUACUCACACUACCUAAAUGAGCAUUGGAAGAAGAGAAAAAUCCUGGGGGGGUACAUUAUAUUUCCAUGCAAGUUGAUUCAUAACGGAUUGGAAGAGCAAGUAGAGGAGAAGGAGAAGUCGUACCUACGGAUUAGCAAAAAAAUGAAAAAACUUUUUACAGAUCCACAUUACCACUGUCCUAUAUGCUUAAAUGUACAUUUCACAGAAUACGUUUUACUAACGGAGCACUGUGUGAAAUUGCACAAGUCUUCCGGUGCAGACCCCUCGAGAACACUACCCUCAGAUGUGGUACACACCCCUUUUAUCAAUAGUAAUGACUACUACUGCGCGUUGAAGAAGUUCGAAUCGGAGAAAAAUAUCACCAUUGAGGGAGUGAAUAAAUGUGUCAGCAGUGCGGGUUCUACUGGCGAUGCUCCAUCUGCGCAGUUUCUGGUGAGCAGCACCACAUCUGCCACGCUGGGGAAAUGCCCCAAACAGAGUGAACAGAAAAACAGGGGGAAACACAGGAGAACCAGCAAAGUAAUUUUUUGCGACGAGAUUCAAGUUAGGGAAUACGACAUUGAGUUGUCGCGCAUUGAGAAGUUCGGCGCCAGCAUCGGCCCCGUUUUUACGGAGGAGAAGGAGAAGGAGCAGGAGCAGGAAGCCACACCAAACGGAGUGAGCACACCAAGCGGGGUGAGCGAGGUGGGAAGCGCCUUCGAAUUAGCGGGCCAACCAGCGGAGGGAGACCAAAAUGGAGCGCUGCGCGGAGAGGUGGAGGCAACAGAUGGGGCACCCCGAGAGGAGGGCACCUCCCAGGAGCAAGUCAUCCAGUGGGCGAUGGACAAGGAGGACGCAGGUGAGAAGCCGAUAGACAAGGAGGGCGCAGGUGAAAAGCCGAUGGACAAGGAGGACGCAGGUGAGAAGCCGAUGGACAAGGGGGACGCAGGUGACAAGCCGAUGGACAAGGAGGACGCAAGUGACAAGCCGAUGAAAAAAUGCAACAAGGAUAUCUCUCCCAACGUUGAAGACAUUCAUGUGGAAGUAACACCCAACCAAGGUGGUAGUGCCAAUGUGAAGGAUUCUGUACAUAUUCCAGGAGGCGAAGCCAGAAAGGACCAGGACUCCAACACACCAGUGAUGAGCAGUACAGAAAGGAAAAUAAUCGAAAGGAGAAAAAAGAAAAAGCAGGAUGAAGAUCCAAACGGAAAUUAUGCACCAAGUCGAAGCAGUCUCAAUGGUGGUUACAGAAAAGGAGUGUUCAACAACUUAGACGAGAUCCUUCUUCUAAAUGGUAAAAGAACUGAGAGGAGUGGGAACCAAAGUGGGGACCACCUGGAUAUAUACACGGAGGAAGACAUACGAAAGAGCAAGUCUGGGGGAGAAGAACAGCCAUACGAAGAGGCGAACAUCACAUCGUCGUUUAGAAAUUAUGAACCCGAACUGAUCAACGGAGAAAAGAAGGUAGAGCAAAUUGUUAAUCAAACGGAGUACUACGCCCCCUCCUCCCUGAACCAUGUCAUAAUGGAAAAAAAUCAAACAAAGGACGAAUCGGGAAAAAAAAACAUCGAGGAGGAACAUUGCCCAGGUGUCUCCAUCCACGAAUGUAUCGAUCCAAGCGGAAGUGUAAAGGUGGAAGCUGACCCCCCUCGAAGUGACAGCCUAAAUGAACUCAUCUCAUCCCUCUUCAGCCUUGAUAAUAAUAAUAAUAGCCCCUCAUCAAACAGCGAACAUAAAUCAGUCCCAUUUUCCUGCCUGCUGUAUGAAGAAAGUCUGCAGAUAAAGGAACAGCCACUUAACGAAAUAUUACUCGAAAACAGAAUUGAAAAUAGCAAAGAAAAUAUAUUCAUUCCUGUGCAAAAAAAAAUGGGUAAGCGCAUACGGAACGGAAUUGACAACAUGCACAAACAGAUCAUUUCAAAAUAUAAAAGGAAGAUUAAAAUAUGUGCCUUAAAUGAACAGAAAAAGGAAGGCACGUCUUUCUUCGAUUUUAAGAAUUACGAAAAUGUGUAUAUGCCCCCCAAGAACGUCAGCCUGAAUUUACCCCCCGAAAAGGAGACACACAUUUUGAAGAAGGUGAUUCGGCAAAAGAAGAAGGAGAAAAUCCCGUCCCUCCAGCUCAACUGCAGGCAGAGUGCCCGGAUAAAGAACCGGAACAAACUGGCGCAGUAG